CGCGGGAAGCGGUUGCCAUAGCGACGGGAAGCGACCUUGCGGGAGGAGGAGGCCGCGCCGCCCGCGGGCGGGGAGGAGGAGGAAGGAUACGUGAAGAAGAAGCUGGAGCAAUCUCUGGAAUGUUAUUUUGGGCAACCAAGGGAAACACGUGCUCUGAAGUGACACUGCACAGUCCUGACUUCACCGAAGAAUUCAUCCUGUAAAUGCACGUUGCUGAGUUGCUGUACCCAUUGGUGCAGACAAGACAUCAGAGGACCCACUAUCUCCCGUAUCUAUGGCAUUUGCACCUCCUAGAAACUUGGAUGGCCUCAAGCUACAGACCAAGAUGAGCACAUGGACUCCGCUGAACAAUCAACUCAUGAAUGACAAGGUAUUUGAAGAAAGAAGAGCUCUACUUGGAAAAUGGUUUGACAAGUGGACAGAUGGUCAGAGGCGGAGGAUCCUGGUGGAUCUGUUGGAACGCUGCUCCUUGUCGCAGAGGAAAUUCUGUGCCAAGCAGCUACAGGAUCGAGUCCCCACCGAGGCUCUAGAUUUUACCACAAGGCUCCCUAGAGUCCUGUCUUUAUACAUCUUUUCCUUCCUGGACCCACAGAGCCUCUGUCGAUGUGCACAGGUGAGCUGGUACUGGAAGUACCUGUCUGAACUGGAUCAGCUCUGGAUGCGGAAAUGCCUGCGUUUUGGCUGGUACAUCAACUUCUCUCCAACUCCCUUUGAGCAAGGAAUCUGGAAGAAACAUUACAUUGAGAUGGUGAAAGAUUUGCAAGUCACGAGACCAAAGACUCCUUCAAAGGAUGAGUUUGUAGUUAUUGAUGUGCAACCAGUAAGAAGCAACAUCCCAGAGGCAAACCUUUUUGUGCCAGGAAGGAGGACAAACAAGGAGAAAAAAGAGCUCCCACCGUGGCGUUCUCCAGACAAGAAUCCUACAGACACCAUCCGAUUCAACUACCUCAACAACUACGACCCCAUCGAGCAGGCGAGGCAGGCGAGAAAGAAAGGAGGAGGGGAGAGCCCAGACCUUAGCUGGCAGGCAGCUGCGAAAAGAAAGACAGCGAGUCGUGGAUCUAAUAAGCUCCAGAAGACAAAAUCACCGGCAAGUAUCACCCGCUCGAAAUUACAGCAACUGGGGCCCGGUGCCAGGUACACACAGGAACGUUUUAGCUCAGAGCUUUUUCCUUAACUGCGCAUCCUGAGGGAGGUUCCCGGGCAGAAGGAGGGCACAAAGCCCCCCAUGUCUGGCUGCUCUGGGGGCAACCCCUCAUUGCAGCCUAGAGACGGUCCCUCUGCCGUCGGUGGGAAAAGGACAUGGACUGUCUGUGUGCAGGCAGCGACCUUGUUAUCCGCUCCUCCCUCACGCCGCUUCCUGCCCACUAUCCCGACAGCCCCUUUCCACACUUUACAAAGCACCGGAUCAAUUCUCCUGUGACGCUUGCGUCUCUUCCCAAAGCUUCAUUUCUGGGCUCGCAACUUUUUGAUCAUUGCAGUUUGAUGUUAGUUUAUUCUCCGUUCGUUGCGCUGAGCCGGGGCAAGCAGCCCCAAGGUCUUAAUACUGAGGAUUCAUUGUGCUCGUGGCGGGUAAAAUAGGGCAUCCUCACAUGAAAGGAGUCUAGGGAAGUCAGGCUUCCAGAAAGCAUCACGGGUCUAAGCUUUUGUAGAUACAGCAAUAAAUAACUGCCAGAAGAAGGACGUGCUCACAAGCGUAUCGGGGGGUUUUGCAGACCUGGAAGCGUGUUUCCUAAGCGAUGAAAGCCAGGGAACUCAUGUGAGUUGAGCUAAAGAUGGUUUACAUAAAAGAGAGGCAUUGUCUCCCGAGAUUGGGAGGCAUUCUCCUGACCCAGAUACAGCCUGUUUGCAAGGAAGUAGAUUCAGCUGGUGUUAAAGAACAGAAAAUAUAAUUAAAGUUCUUCAGCCUGUGUCUUACAAUUUCCAUUCUCCAAUGGCUUCCUCUGCAGCCCUUAGAUCAGAGCGCCCUUACACGGUUUCAUUCCACCACAGCUUCCUGUUUCAAAUUUGAAGCUGUUUUAUUGUCAGUCCAGAAGUGAAAGAAUCUUAGUCCAGGGUAAAAAAACGUUAUGUGUUCUUUGAAGUUACUUAACCUGCCAACCCCGCAUCAGGAAGGCACAAGCAUCUAGUCUGACUCCCACCAUGAAGUCCAAGCCCUCCUGCACGAUGUCAGUGGGAUUUGAUUGCUACAAAUUGCAGCAGUACAGGGUUGAACGGUGCGUAUGUGUUUGUCACCUUCUGUUGGCUGCUCACAGUUUAGAAGGGACAUUAUUAUUCCUGUAGCAAAUAGUCACCAGAAAGCAUUUAGCUGACACAAAAUGCUCAUAGACGGAUGUCUGGGGGAGCACACAGAGUUAGCGGGUACUGAAUUAAUCAUUGAAUCACAGAAUGGUUUGGGUUGGAAGAGACCUUAAAGAUCAGCUAGUUCCAACCCCCGGCCCUGGGCAGGGACACCUCCCACCAGCCCAGGUUGCUCCAAGCCCCGGCCAACCUGGCCUUGAACCCCUCCAGGGAUGGGGCAGCCACAGCUUCUCUGGGCAACCUGGGCCAUGGGCUCACUGCCCUCAUUGUGAAACAUUUUUUCCUUAGAUCUAGUCUAAAUUUCCAUUUUUUUAGUUUAAAACCGCUCCCCCUCGUCCCAUGGCUCCCCUCCCUGCUCCAGAGUCCCUCCCCAGC